AUGGCGUCACCCAAAGAACAGCUUGGUCAGAUCCUAGCGUUUCUGAGCGAGAAUUCGAAGGGAAUCAAUGAGCUCAAGACCUCCAUGUCGGAGAUGCGUACCCUGCAUUCGGAAAUCCUACAAUGGAAGCCCGACGUUGACCACCGCAUUCAUGAACUGGAGCAUGUCGUACUGGAUCUCAGAGAGAAGGUUGAGCAUGCGCUGGAGGCCCUUCUACCUCAAGUGCAGUUGAAGGAAUCCAUUGAUGCAUAA